CCUCAACUAUACAAUAAAGAACGACAAAAAUUGUAUUCGUUUCCUUCCAAGAGUGAACAAAGUGACAGUUAGACGUUUUCUAUUAUAAGAAGACUUCAAGAAUAUAUCUAAAAGCUCGGUCUCAAGAAUUCAUUCAUUUCAAAUCCAAGCCCGCCAAAUUUCCAACUCCUAAAUUCAGUAAACGUUUCUUGUUUGAAGGUGUGGCAUCCGAACCAUGCGUCGAACUACUUUGAGUUCGGUUUCAACUGGUGGAAAUAUUCAACAGAGACUUUCUCUAGGACCCAGUAGAGCAAAUCUGUCCAAUAGCAAAGAAGACCUUAAAACUUCGUCGGCUCAAAGGCCACGUCUCUCCGCUUCUUCCACUUCAACAAGAUAUUCUUCUUUAGGCGUGAGGCGCUCUAGUGUCUUUACAAAUAAGGUUGGACUUAAGGUUGACCCGAGACCUUUGAAUGACAAGUCUUAUCUCAAUGACUGCGUGAGAAACCUCAUCUACUUUCUCUCAACACACGGCUACGACCAAGCUAUCUCUCCAAAGACUCUUACGACACCAACAAGCAAAGAAUUCCAGUCUAUUCUUUUAUUUCUACUUCGUAAGAUAGAUCCAUAUUUCGACUUUGAAAAGAAAUUCGAGGAGGAGCUUCCUACAUUGUUCAAAACCCUAAAAUAUCCCUUUACCAUUAGUAAAAGCACACUCUAUGCAGUUGGAAGUCCUCAUACCUGGCCGACUUUAUUGGGAUUGUUGGUGUGGAUCACCGACCUUUUGGCAUAUGACGAACAGGCAUCCUCUCAAGAGACCAAAAGUAUUGAUACUGAAUCGAGCCUCAAUCGUAUUUUCUUUGACUAUGUUUCGCGGUCCUAUCAGGCAUUUUUAGGCGGGGCUGAUUCUUUUGAUGAAUUUGAUGAAGAACUUGCUGCAACAUUCGAUAAAGAAAACAAUCGCGUAGAAAGCGAAACUGAAGAAUUAGAACGAGAAAUCAAGCGUUUCCAAGAUGAGUAUCAUCAACUCAUUGAAAAGAGAAAUUCUUUGGAGUCACUCAGGCAGAAGAUUGAGGAUUACAAGAAAGACAUUGAAAAAUUCAAAACUCUCAUCAAUCAGUUGGAGCAACACAGACAAGUUUAUGACAAAAAAAUAGCAGAUCGAGAUGAAGAACUUCAGAACGAAGAAAAGAACUUGGAAGUCUGGAAACAAGAGAAAAAUCGCUUGCGUCAAAUAAUCGAAGAUCAAGAGUUGAACCAUAUUGAUGGACACAGAUUACAAAGAGAUAAACAAAUGCUCACAGAAGCACUCGAGAAAGCAUAUGCUCAUCGUCAGGAAGCCAUUGAAUUGCAGUCAAAGGUAGACGAAAAACUGAUUGAACAAACUGCGAAGGUGGAAGACGCUUUGCGAGACUAUCACCGACUUGCAGAAAAGCUUCAACUCAUUCCUUCAACUGCCAAAAAUGCGAAAGGCUUUAACUUUGAAAUUGAGCUUUCUCGAGACGCUUCUUUGCAUCGUUGUGAAGAUAUUCUUUCUCUUGACUUGAGUUCUGUGGUGAAGCCUACCAUUCACGAACUUCGAGAAGCUUUUUCUAGUAAAGCAAGCAGAACACGAGAAGAAGAACUGACUGUACAAGAAAAAUACAACCAUCUCGAAGAACAACUCCUGUUUAAGAGGAACGAGACGAGUUCCUUGGAAGGUAAAUAUCAGAAACUGGAGAAUCACUAUAAGAAUGAAAGAGAGACGUUGGCAAGCUAUUUAGAAAGCAAGGCAAGGGAAACUAGUGAACUUGAACAAGAAGUGGCACAAAUGAAGGCUUCAAACGAUUCUGCUCUCAGAGAAAGUCAACAAGCUUUGGAUAGUGCUUACAGUGAAUACAAACAAACUCAAAAGCAGUUGUAUGAAGAAAAGGAACAAAUGAAUGAUGCUCUUUUACAAAGUAUCGAGCUGCUAACUAUGUACAAGAUGGAAAUUCGUGACAAGGUCAACUCAUACAGUAACAAAUUGGAAGAAGUAUAUCAAUUUGUUUGCUCCUCAUAGUGAAGUUUCAACAAAGUGAAUCAUAAUAUUUUGAAAAUAAAAGUAUUUGUGAAUCA